AAGCUACAAAUUCUUGGUGAGAAGAUGACAUUCUAGGUUGUCAACAAUUGACCUUAUUUGGAUAUACAACAUGAUAGUUCAUGGAUCACCGCUCAUUGUAGGAAGAGUGACAAGAUGACCUUGCAUUCACAUUUUGCAUGUUGCAGAAUAAGGAAGAUCAUUUAUCUAAUUUGUUUGCUUAUUCCAUUUACUUUUGUUUACAUAAUGUAUGGCUUUCUAAGCCAUACAGUACUCAGGUUUAAAAUUACAAAUGUGAAUUCUACAAAAGAACAGAAGUUGACAGGAAUGAGCCAAGUGCAAAUACCUUGCAGCUUUAUAUCUACAAGUCUGGAUUCAAGUAUAGUAGAGAAGACAAAAGCCAGCGAAAGCAUACAUCCUGAGGUAUUGAAGCUUGUUGAAGACAUACAGAGAUGUAUAUGGGCAAAGGAAGUCAAAACCUAUACAAACAUCAGGUCAGAGCUCAGACAAUGCUGUGAUGCUUUCAAUCUUUCAGUCACGUCACAACAAAAUACCCUUGAAGGGUCAAGUAUCCCAUAUGAUGGACAGCCUAAUAAAAAAGUUAAGAUCACAAAACAUAUUUUUCAAAUGCUGCCUAAGACAUCACCAUUUAAAAGCAAGAAUUACAAACUCUGUGCAGUGGUUGGAAACAGUGGAUUCUUAUUCAACAGCAGCUGUGGAGCAGACAUAGAUAAAGCAGAUUUUGUUUUUCGUUGCAAUCUACCUGGAAUUUCAGCAAAAUAUAAAGCAGAUGUUGGAAACAAGACUGACCUGGUAACUGCCAAUCCUAGCAUCUUCAAAUCAAAAUAUGCCAAUCUUGAUGAAAGCAGAAAGCCAUUUGCUGACGCAGUGACUGUUUUUGGAGAAGCGCUUCUUCUUAUGACUCCUUUUACUUAUCAAUCCAAUGAAAUAUCUGCGUACAGAGCAUACUUUACCUUAAAGGAUUUUCAGAGCAAGUUAACGCCUGUUUUUCUGAACUCCAGCUAUUUAAAAAAUUUGGUCAGGUUUUGGGAAAAUAGAAGAAUAAGGGAGCAUCGGUUAAGUACUGGCCUGCUUCUGCAAAGUAUGGCCAUAGAACUGUGUGAUGAGGUGCAUCUUUAUGGAUUCUGGCCAUUCAAAACUGAUGCUACUGGCAGGAAUGUUAGCUAUCACUAUUAUGAUGAAGUUGAAGUUGAUCACAGUGUUCAUGUCCAGUUAUAUGAGUUUUUGUCACAUCUAAAGCUGCACACCCAAGGGGUGAUCAGGAUACAGUUGGGGACCUGUGCCAAGUACAAUGAGUAAAAGAAGAGUUUUUGUAAUGAGUUUAUAAUGUGUGUGUGGCUUGUCUUAGCAGUAUGAUAUACUUAUGUCUGGCAAUGAAUGUGCAUAGUAUUUUAACUUUGCUCAGGUAAUGUUAAGGUAGUUGUUCUCUCUGCCAAUAAACCUGAAGCAAUUGCCGAAAUAAGGACCAGGCAAUAAACUGCUGUUUAAGAAAGACUUACUGCUUUCUCUGGCUUUAGUUUUAAUUAUCAAUUGUGCCCAUCAGAAGAUAGUAGAUUUUCUUCUACCAUGGCAUAUUAAUUAUGUUUUCUUUUCUGCGUGGCAUUUUGACAAAAGCCAUACAAGUAAUGAUUUUUAUACUUUAUGACGCACAUGGUCCAAUUAAUAGGACCUGCAUUUUGGGGUGGUUGAAUGCUACAGUCCUAACGUAGAGAGCAGCAACUUUUUUAACCUUUCUUACAAGAUCAUACUUCAUGUUUGCUUGUUUUAAUAUAAUGAGGCUUUAGUCUCAUUGAAUGUUAACAUUAUUUAUAUAUUGUAUUGAUUUUUUCGAAAAAAUUGCAAACUAAUUUUCAAUUUUUUGUUGACUGUUGCAUGUUGAAGAAUUUACCUUGCCAAAUAUGAUUUUCUUAGUUACCAUAAUACCUACCUACUGUCUUCAUAAUAUGGAUUCUGCCUUGCAAUAGCCAGUCUUACCAUAACAUUAAAAUUGUAUAGCCAUUUUUUUGAGUUAGGACUCAACUGGGACAUAUUCUCAGCUCUUGAAAAAUAUCUCAAUUUAAAAUAAAAAGUUCCAACUUAUAUUUCAUAUAUACCAAUUUGAGAAGGAUAACAACAUUUGAAGAUGACCCGCAUGGAUUCAUUGCAAUCAUUAAAACAGUGCAGAUGUC